AAACUACCCAACUAUACCAGAAUUCAUGUCCCAAAAUUCUCAACUUUUAAUUCAUCUUUUUAUUUUACUUUCUUUACAGGAAAUUCAACAUUAUUGAGUGUCAACACGCACGAGUUUCUUAACAAAAUUUUCAUUAUUUCUUUCAUAUUUUUUUGCCUCAUCAUUUCGAUCAAUAUUGAAGUGGACGAUAAUAAAAAGAUAAGAAACUUAAUCAAGUAGAACGAAAGAAUUUUUUUUGCCUUUUUUGUUGUUCAAAGGAAGUGAACAAGAAACACAUUAAGGACAAGAAAAGGCAAACUUUUGGGAAAAUAUCCAAUACAUUUUUUCAAGGCAAUUCAAUCAAGAAAGUAGACAAAGAUGGCAAUGGCUCUAACGGCAAUCAAUAUUCCAUCAUUCUUUGAGAGUCCUCAGAAUGCCUUGCAUGACUCCUUUAUCAGAAGAAACUUACACGACUUUAAGUUUGCUCUUGAGAGGCUUAAAGCUGAUCCAAAUGCUAUAGUUGAUGACAGAAUUGGAGCUUCGAUAUUCAAGCUUAUUCUGAGGGAACCAAACUCAUCUGAAUAUAUUGAAUUGUGUAUUGAACAUGGAGCUGAUUUGUAUGAGAACAACAAAGUCGACCUUCGUCCACCAAUUUUUUACGUCAUCGACUCAUUUUCAUCAGAAAAUCUCGAAAUCUUCUUCAAGCACUUCGACUCCGCCAGAUCAAACAUUAAAUUUGGUGACAAGAAUUGCUUACACUUACUGAUCAAAGAGAUCACAAAUGACAAUUAUUCAGAAUUGUCAGCUUGCAUUAGAAUUUUACUAGAAAAUGGCGUCAAUGUGAACACCCCCGACGACCAUUCCAGAACUCCGUUCUUUAUGCUUCUUAAAAUCCAACAGAAAGUCAAAAAGUGUCAAGAAUUAAUAGAGUUUAUUGUCGAGAACUACACAGUUGAUGUCCACAACUAUAAAUCAGAUGACAUGCUGACAAUGUUUAAGAAUCAAAAUCCACACUUGAAAGUUCCUGAAAAAAUCGAGGCUGACUUGACUUUUGACUUCAUGAAGAACUUGCUGCUCAAAAGAAAUGACGAUAAAUUCAUCAAAACCUUUAAAAGCUUUAAAGUCAAAAAUUAUGAAGAUGAAAAAUUUCAUGAAUUUUGCACAGCUUUUGUGUACGAAGCAGUCACAAAUGGCAGUCAUGAAGUCAUUGAGGCACUAAAUUCUGAAGGAAUCAAUGUUAACCAAAGGAUGGACGGAGUCGUGAAGUCACCAGCUGAGCUAGCAUGCUCCUAUGGCUACUAUAAGGUCCUUCAAGCCAUGAUUCCAACAACUGAAAAUUUACUUCACCAAAUCCUGCAUGCAAGUUACCAAAAAUCAUCAAAAGAUCCAAAAAUUGACCACCAAAAGUGCUUUGAAAUUGCUUUGCUUUACUCCGAUGUUAAUAAGCCAGAUGACUUGGGAUCAACUCCACUGCACUAUGCUGCACAUCAUAGAAACUCACCGGCUAUCCUCAAACUACUCGAAAAUAAUGCAUUUUUGGCGCCAAAAAAUAAGUUUAAUGAAACUCCGUUGGAUGACAUGAAGGCUGAUGUGCUUGAGGAGGCAUUAGAUAGUCGAGUGGAACUGAUUCAAGUUCCAAAAGACAAAGAACAAAAGGAAGUGAAUAUUUCGAUAGAUUUUGGGAUCCUUCGACCACCUGGAUCCUCUGGAGAAGUCGAGUCACUCGAAAGUAUGUCAAAAAAUUCAGAACUUCGUCCAUUAAUUGCUCAUGUUGUAAUUGCGACGUUUAUUUACCUAAAAUGGAAGCGACUGAGUCUAAUUUUCUACUCAAACUUCAUCAUGUUCACUAUUUUGAUGCUUGGCUUUAUCAGGUACAUCAUCAUGUCACACACAAUGACGGAUGCUGAAAAAUCCGAAAGUUCAAGCUUCACAUUUUUCAAAGCUUUGUCACUUUUUGGGAUAUUCUUGCUGUUUUUGAGAGAGCUGUUCCAACUGCUGCUGUCAAUUUCCUCAAAUAUAAAUUAUUUCAAGUCAUCGAUCAAUAUUUUCGAAAUUAUCUUCAUUAUUUUGGCAUUUUCAUCACAAAUAUUGGAAAAUACAAUAAAUUUCAAUGAGAUUCGAGUGCUGCGUGCAUUUACAAUUCUAUGUGCUGCAUUUGAGUUUCUGCAUCUAGUUGGAGAGUUGCCAUUCUUAUCGAUUUCAUGUCACAUGGUCAUUCUACAGAAAGUUGCAUUUACUUUCUUAAAAUCAUUGUUGUUGUACUCGAUAUUGUUGGUCGCAUUUGCGCUUAGCUUCUUUGUCCUGUUUGGUGGUGAUGAUGAGGCUCAUGGUGAUGGUAAAGGAGGAAUUGACACAUCCACUUCAGACUCCAACAAAACACCCGAAUCCUCAACAACAAACCCACAAAACACCAAUGAUGACUUCACAAACUUUGCAUACCCUGGAAUAGCAAUAAUCAAGACAUUUGUCAUGCUCACUGGUGAAUUUGAUGCUGCAGCAAUGUCACUACAUUCAAAAGGAGCUUACUACUGCAUUAUGUUCCUGUUAUUCAUCUUUAUGGUCACAAUUGUCUUAUUCAACCUCCUUAGUGCUCUUGCUGUUGAUGAUACUCAAAAAAUUAAAGCUGAAGGUGAACUUAUUGACCUGUGUGCAAGAAUCAAGGUCCUUAGAAGGUACGAAAAAAUGAUUAUGGGAAAAAUGAAAGGAUUUAAAUGUUGGAAGAGACUUGAAAGUUUCGUGACUGUUUUUCCACAUUCAAUGCCUGACGGAAAGAUUUACAUUCAACCGAACAAAGGAUACUUAGUGACAUCGAAAGAGCUCAGGCAGUCACCAAGUGAAACAUUUGUGGAAAUUGACGAUGAUGACAGCGACUUUGGAUGCAUAAAGAGUAAAUUAAAGAUGACAAAGGACUCGAAAUGCUGUCUAAUUUGUAAUAGGUUGGAUAGUAAGAUUGGAAAGAAGAUAAGGAAUAUUUUGGAUGCUAGAAAGGAGAAGAAGAUGAUGGAUAAUGAGAAGGAUGCGAUGACUCAGGAAAUUAGGGAAAUGAGGGAGGAAUUGAGGGAAAUUAAAAAUAUUUUAAAGAAUAAAAAGUAAUUUUUCUAUAUAAUAAGUUUAGACGCUUGGCUAAGAUUUAAUAAUCAAAUUAAGUUUUCCUAAUAAACUUAGCCUUACUGUCAAUAAUGCUUAUAAUUGCAAUUAAAAAUUCAAAGCUUUGAAGUAUAAAAAAGUACCUCAAUAAAGA